CCGGCGAGGAACGGGUGGACCGGGUUGCUUUCUGGGAAUUGUAGUUUGUAGCCGGCCGGGUCUCCGCGGAGCUUCGAGAGGCUCGUGAACUACGAAGACCAAGAUGCUCUGCGGCUGCUCCUGUUUCCCCGCUUCUGCUCGCGGAACCCGGAAGUGAACGAGGCCGAGGAGAGGGGACGGCCGUUUCUGUGGCAACGGGAUCUUGCGACUCAGGGCUACCGAGGGAGAUGGAAGAACCCGGAGCUUAUAGGUGCAUUGAGUGCAGUAGGAAGGCUCCUGAGCUGUACAAGGAUUACCAGCGUGGCGUGCUGCGUAUUUCUAUCUGCGUGAGUCAUGUUUUGAGAGAGAAGUAUCGGGCCGAGCGAGGAGAAAUAGAGGGGGGCUGACUGACCAAAAGGAAUGUAUCGGGGUGGUAGAGAUACUUGCCCAUGGAAGGGAGACGGGGGUGGGGUUAGUAAUAGAUUGCAACGUAUGCGAAUAGUUUUCCGAACUCUUCAGUAACUAGAAUAUGGAUUGGCUGCACUUCAAAUACAGUAAUAACAACAACAAUAACGUACAUGUACCCGCCUUUUAUGGGUACGUAUUAGGAUUGCUAAUUCUGCAAGUAGGAAAAGGCAUGUGGGUUGUACUAUGGCGGUCCACGUGGGGGGUUGCACGUGGCUGUCCACGUGCGUGGAACUGAAGUGAGGUGUUUAGACUUUGCAUAAGUGUGGCAGGGCAAGCCCUUAGAUAGAGAUGGGUAGAGGGAGUCUUUUAGUCUCACCAGCAAGCAGAGUUCAUAGUGUGGUUUAUGAAAGUCAGCCUUCCUUGUCUCUCACCUGGCAGUGGAAUUCUCACCCAUUCAAAGCACAGGUGUUCUCAGGGUUGUUCAGCCUGCCAUGUAAAAAUGUAUCUUAUUCACCUAGACUUUUAGUAGAACUUGAUCAUUCAAAUCCCAGUAUAAUUUGGAUGGUUGCUGCUGUGUUUACAUGGCAGAGGGCCUUCUCGGUAGUGGCGCCCACUCUGUGGAAUACCAUCCCAUCAGAUGUCAAGCAGAUGAGUAAUUACAGUGGUACCUCAGUUUAAGAACAGUCCUGUUUACGAAUGAUUCGGUUUACGAACUCCACAAAACCGGACGUAGUGUCCUGGUUUGUGAACUUUACCUCGGUCUAAGAACAGAAUUCGAACGGUGGAAGGGCACUGGCGGCAGGAGGCCUCAUUAGGGAAAGUGCUCCUCGGUUUAAGAACGGUUUCGGUUUAAGAACGGACUUCCGGAACGGAUUAAGUUCGUAAACCAAGGUACCACUGUAUAUAUAUAUUUAGGAGACAUCUGAAGGCAGCCCUGUAUAGGGAAACUUUUUAAGGUUUAGUGUUUUACUAUGUUUUUAUAUAUGCUGGAGUGGCUGGGCCAACACAGUCAGAUGGGCAGGGUACAAAUAAAUUGUUGUUUUUGUUGUUAUACAAUCUGCACACUCAGCUUUCACAAGUGUUCUAGCUGCUGCAUUCUGUACCAGUUGUCAUUUCUGAACAGUCAUCAAGGGAGGGAACAACAUACAGUGCAUUAUAGUAAUCCAACAUGUAUGCGGUCAAGGCAUGUAUCAAUGUGGCUACUGACUAGGCCACAAAGUCAGCUUCCUCUAGGUAGGGCCAUAGUUGCUGAACCAGCCUAACCUGCUAAAAAAAGCACUCCUAGCAACCAGCACCACCAGCGCCUCAAUAGAUAGUACUGAGGCCAAAGUCAGAUCUCAGCCUCCAUCAAAAUUGGCAUGUUUCCUAAACCAUAACCUUCUAUGUGGAUGAAGCUUCAUCUUGUUAGCUCUGAUGCAGCCUACUAUCAACCCAAGACACUUGUUUAGGGUUGAAACUGUCAUAUUAGGCGGUGGGGAAGAGUGGUAGUUCUGCUUCCCCUGAUAGCCUAUCAGCCCAAGCCUAUGUAUUGCAUAUAAAUGUUGAUAAGCAUGAGGGAGAAGACAGAACUUGAGGCACUAGAAAUUUCAGUGGCCAAAUAAUAAAGCAAAGAAAGUCCCCUAGUACCACCUUCUGGGUCUGUCCUCCCGAGAAAGAUUGUGCCUUUAAGUCCCAUUUGGCUCUCCAUCAUCCUCCGUGGGUUUAAGUCAUUCAAGGCAGAUUUUGUCUCAGGUUGGCCUGGAAUAGAACUAAUAAUUGGUGUCCUUAUUCAGAUAUUGUAGAUUUGGAACUGAAUGGAUUCCCCAAAGCCAAGGAAUCUAGACUAGGCUUCUCAGACAGUGGUUCCACUACUGUCUCCUUAAGGAGUACAGGAAAUACCCCCCCCCCAAAAAAAAAUAUCUUGAAGCAUUGAUGAGUUCUGAUAUCUGAAACCUCUAAUUUCCUUUUUUUAAAAAAGGCAUUUCUGAUCCAUAUUUCUCUCCUAUUUUUUUGCCUUCCUUAAUUGUAUCUAGUUCGUCUUUGUGUUCUAGUUUUUACAUUUUGGAUUAAGAAUACAAAAAUCAUUUUAUCAGGAGUGCCCCAUCCCUUAGGUGAGAAGAAUAGCUCUCACUUGUACUGUGGUUUGGUGAAGGAAAGAUACAACAGAAGCUCUUCUGCUGUCUCCUACUUUCUUUGUACCUCUGUGCAAAUGAAAUAAAUCAACACUGCAUGUGGGGGCAGGGCAGAAAGCAACCAAAAUCUUUCCUAUUUCUUGCCAUAUCCUGUUUUAUGUUUUCAUCUUACUGGUUUGUAACCUUUUGGGCAGUGGCUGUAUUUUUGGUUUUAUUUAUUUAAAUAAAAACACUGUAUAAACGGUAAAAGAUGAUCCACUGGCCUUGAGCUAGAUCCACUGCUUUCCAUUAUGCCAGGAAUUUGGUACCCACAGGCACACAUGCACUCACAGAGGCUUUCCCAGAUGCCCACUGUGCAUGUGUCCCAGGUGAAAUAAGACUUGGAGGAAACAUUGUAUUGUAACCAGUAAUAUAGACAGUAGUGUAUAUGGCACUAACAACAGUUUUUUCCCAGUUUGCAGAUAUGUCCAUAGGCCUCCAAAAAUUGGCAAUUCCUUCAUUAUGCCGACUUGAGGGUACAGCUCUACUGGCACUAUAUUGCAGUUACAAUGGGUUGUAUCCAAUGACAUUAUUUGUGCUUAUGGAUGGCUCUUUUGUACAGUGUAAUGGGGAGAGAAGCAGUUUUUGCCUAUUCCACUUCCUUGCAACCUGCUGUGUGUGCCCCCAAAAUUUAUUCCAUAAGCUUGAGGAACCUUUCUGCUGAUGGAUACAACUGUCUCUCUCCCCCUUGUCCUUUUUGUAUCUUCUAAAAAUCAUUCAUUCAUUCAACUAACUGACUAACUAACUAACUAGGUGCUGUGGUCUAAACCACAGAGCCUUGGGCUUGCUGAUCAGAAGGUCGGCGGUUUGAAUCCCUGCGAUGGGGUGAGCUCCCGUUGCUCGUUGCCAGCUCCUGCCAACCUAGCAGUUCAAAAGCAUGUCAAGUGCAAGUAGAUAAAUAGGUACCACUCCAGCAGGAAGGUAAACGGUGUUUCCGAGCACUGCUCUGGUUCGCCAGAAGCGGCUUAGUCAUGCUGAGCACAUGACCCAGAAGCGGUCUGUUGACAAAUGGCGGCUACUCGGCCUAUAGAGCAAAAUGAGCGCCGCAACCCUAGAGUCAUCUGUCACUGGACCUAACAGUCAGGGUCCCUUUACCUUUAACUAACUAACUAACUAACUAACUAGAUUCAUAUAUCACUUGAGUGUAAUAAACUUCAAUGUGGUUUGCCUUGGUAAUCAAAUCACUGCCUGAACAACCUUUAUUGUUCAUGACAAUAAAGCCCUGAGCCCGGCCUUGGCUGGGGAGGGCGGGGUAUAAAUAAAAAUUAUUAUUAUUAUUAUUAUGACUGCAGUUCAGAAAAAGAAAUUGGGGUAUUGGUUCAUCUAGACAUACUUGUUACACAAUUAUUUGAGUGCAGUUCUUUAUCAAAGACUGAUAGAAUACAUCUCUGACAGGCUUAUAGCAUGAAUUUUGCUUUGUUGAUUUUAUACACAAAAUGGGGACUCAAGUGUAAUAUAUGUCUCCAUAAAUUGUAGAAUGUACUUAAUGCACUGUUAUUUAGAGAAUGCCCUAUUGUGUGUUUAAAGGGGUGGGGGAGAGGGGGUUCCUUCAACUUGUAAGGCUUAUGAAAAACCAUGUAACUUUGUGUAUGUACUUAAGUAAGCUUUAUGCCUGCGUAUUCCAAAAGCAUCUGAAUAAAUUAUUAUUAUUAUUAUUAAUCUCAGGGCAGUUCACAUAGGAUAAUUUUUUUAUAACCAGACAGCUAAACUUCAGUAAUCAAAAUAUAUUUGAAUUUUUGCUUAUUCAGUUUCAGAUAUUUAACAUACAAUGCAAAUAAAGGAUCUGAAGCUGAAUAAGGAUGAAGGACUUCUUGAGUUUUGCAUCCUGUACCUGUUUUUCAUCUGUUGUUCUUAGAACAUGCUUUCAGAUUUUCUGUUUUGAAAAACCAGCAUGACUUCAUUUAAUUAUAGUUAUAAUCUGUUCCUUAAUAGAGUUCAUGCUAUAUUUAAUUAAACAUGUCCUUAGUCCAUCUCUCUGUUUAAGGCUCAUAAAGCGCCUGGCUAAUUGGCUUUCUCUUUUUAUUUUCUUUUAACUCUUUCCUGUUUCUACCUCCUGAAGGAUGAGUGUUGCAAUGAAUUUUUAUCCAAGCAUUCUUCAUUAUCUGUCUUGACUACAAACAUUUUUAGAAAUAAAAUUUAAUAUAAACUGCAGCUUAUUUUGUCUAGCAAAGCAAAGGAUCUUCAAACUGUCUUGUCCCUUGCUGUACUACUCAUCUAUGGACAUCUUUCUAGUUAGAUUUGUGGGGCUUCAGGAUGCCUAUGCCUUGUGCUUUCCUUUCACUUACCUCUUGUACUUCUCAUGGUAUCUGAUGCUGCCAUUUAGCGUUUUCUGCCUGUUACUUUAGGAAUUUUGUUCUGUUGCUUGGCAGCAGCCAAGUUUCUAAGGUAAAGUUGACACUGGCUUUUUCUUCUGUAGAGCUUGAAGGCACAUACCAUGAACAUAGAGAGCCUCUUUAUCAAAACUUUGUAAAAAAAGAAACCUGAGCAACUUGUGCACAUUUUCUCUAUGAACCUAGUUGUAGUAAAGAGCUGUCUAAACAAAGAUCUGCCUCUCAGGGUCUGAAAAUAUUGUCUUACUCUUGAUGAACUAUUUGUGCAGAAAGUUAAUAACAGAAAUUAAAACUCCUACCUUUAUGUAUCCUUAUUUAUUCCCCAUCUGUACAGCACAUUUAAAAGUACAGUAGUAUCAUACCCCUUAAACAGUCAUAGCUUCCCCCAAAGAAUCCUGGGAACUGCAGUUUAAGUGUUCAGAGUGUUGUUGGGACAUCCUAUUCCCCUCACAGAGCUACAGUUCCCAGGGAAGAUGAUUGGAUUGUUUAAGCACUCUGGGAAUUGUAGCUCUGUAAAAGCACGUCAAAGUACAAGUGGAUAAAUAGGUACCACUCCGGUGGGAAGGUAAACGGUGUUUCCAUGCUCUGCUCUGGUUCGCCAGAAGCAGCUUAGUCAUGCUGGCCACAUGACCUGGAAGCUGUCUGCGGACAAACACCGGCUCCCUCGGCCUAUAGAGCGAGAUGAGCACCGCAACCCCACAGUCGUUUGCGACUGGACCGAAUGGUCAGGGGUCCCUUUACCUUUACCUUUUUAAGGAAGAUGGAGGUUGCCUCUCCGAACACUUAACAAACUACAACUUCUAGGAUUAUUUGAGGAAAGGUAUGACUACUUAAAGUGGUAUAAUAGAGCUGUAAAUGUAUGGUGCAAAUAGGAUAUCAGUUUAUUUCUCUUGAUCUUGCCUCUUACUCUGCUCUUUCUUGUAUUUCCUCUGUCUUGUAUUCCUACUGUCCUGGCUGUUUCCUGUACAUCCUUUAUUUCUGGAUCUUCCUCACCCAAACAUUCUAACACUCUGCUUUCCCUGUAUUGUAUGACGUUUAACAAAUGACUCUCUCAUCUCAUCAUCAACUUCAGUGCAGCAUAUGGUCUAAAAACACCAAGCAAUAAUAGAAUUUGAAAUAGAAUGUAUUUAAGAAUAUUGUAUGGCUAGGGUUAUGAUGGCAUUUAAAUAUAUUUAUAUAGUUGUCAUGGUGACCAUUAUGAAGUGUUCUAAGUCCCAGUAUGUGGUGUGGAAUAAAAAAGUAACAGGGAAACAAGCUCAGACAACAUAAGAAUGGGUUGCAAAAUAGUAAUAAAAAUAGGAGUUUUUAUAGGAGGGGCUUUUCCCUCAUAUCCUUUCUUAUUUGUAUACAGUGGGAAGGGAAAUAUUGGCAGAUGAGGCAGAAACAUAGGUGCUGUCCUGGUCUGUUGGCAUUCGCUGAUUUUUGGCAUGGAAUGAGGUUUUGGCCUAGAACACGACCAACAUUCCGAUAGCAGCAAAAUGAUUAGUUAGCCAUUGCUAACUAAUCACUGAAGAAUCUUCAGAGCACAAGUUUAAAACCACUUAAGCAUCUCCCCAACAGUGAUCCACCAUUCUGAAAAUGGGGAAUAGUGUGGACACCAAGUUGAGGCUGAUAAGCUCUUAUUUGGAUGGGGAAAAGGGUAGAACCUAGAUAGCUGAGGUCCUGCUCAGUACAUACCAUAAUAUAAAUUGCAAACUGGAUGUCCUUAAGGCUUACAGCAUGAUGUAAAGCUCGCUUUUUUAUUAAUAAUAACUGGCAGCCAAGGUAGUUGAUGGGAAAGCUAGAUAAAAGAAGCUGCACUGAAAGAUGGCAAUAAAACACAUUUUAACUACUGUCACAUCUUUUCAAUGUCAAACUGUCCUUUGGCAGCAUUUUAUUAUCAUUUAACUACUAGGAAAAUGUAUUUUCCUCACAUAAAAACUAAAAUGGAGGUGCUAUUUUAUAGUCUUUGCUACAUGUUAUCUGUCUUCUGGACAAAAGUAAUUCCUUCAGCAGAAAGUAUACAAAAUCCAGUAUUUGCUUGCAUAAAAGAAGUUAGCAGAUUUUGUAAAUUUUGCAUGAACAUGAAUGCUUUGAUAUGACUGAUUGUUCUUGCUGUUGGCACAUACUUUUCAUUUUCAGGUAACAAGUGUCUCUUUCUAUUUUGCUGGGUACAAUUUAACAUCUUUGUCAAAGAAAAUUUUAGUAAGUAGCAAUACCACCAGAGAGAAAUUAUUCCUACCAGUGUGCAUUGUGAUAUGGUAAUGAGUUUAUCCAACAAUACAGCAGCCAACCAUUAUUUCUAGUGACUGGUGAGGCAUCCUUGCUUCCUGAUGCAAGGAGGCAAAUAUAAUGUUUCUGUAUCAUCAUUGCCUGGCUAGGAGUUUUUAGAACGUUGGGCAGUAUAUACACAUUUGGGGUUUGUAACAACCCUUCUCCUCCAGCACAUAACACUAAUAAAAAAAUCCAGUACAAGUGCACUGUAUUGCUAUUUUGGGGGGAAAAUUACUGUCUGCUAUGCUUUGUUGCUGGUGGUUUUUUGAAAAUGUAGAUACUCCAGUCAUAGUGUAUACAUGGCAGUAUAAUCUGUCACUAGUUAUAGUUUUCACUGCUAGCUACUUGGUGAUGGUGUUUGUGGACCCCAGCCAAUUUCACUGAAGAACACAGACUUUUGUUCUGGGAGGGAAAAUAAUUUUAUGAGCCUCUAUCAGUCUGCCUUUAUUAGUCUUUUCCAGCUCAGCAAUACUUCUGAGAUGAUGGUAUCAGGAACAGAUUAACUGUAUGUGGACAUGCCAUAGGCAUAUAAUAUUAAUUUGGCAUUUACUAUUUUAUUUUUUAGUCCCUUUCUAAUAAUUAUUAACAUUAAGCUUGUCUUUAGUGCUGCUGCUGCUGCUACUACAACAACACACCAUCGCCCCAUGGGCUAUGACUAUUGCAAUUCUGGAAUGCAUCUGUGCCAAGCAUUGAAGGACUGGAUCAUCAUCAUCAUCAAUUUAUGCCCUACCUUUUUCAUUGACAGGGACUCAAAGAAGCUUGCAGAUAUUUUUAUGGUCCUUGCAGAUCAUCUUGUAUACCCCAUGACUCUGUUUCGAUCUAAUAAGUAGUAUAGAAUUAAGCCUAAAAUAUCUGUCUUUCAACAGUGUAUGAUGAAAUACUGAAAUGUAAAUUCCUGUUCACGUGGAUAAAAAUAGACAGCCUUGGUGGUAAUAUUUUAUGUGCUUCUAUGCAUUUUCCUAUGUCUGGCAGUUCACUGCAACUUGGUGUGCUGAGUCAAAAACAUGCACCAUAGCCAACACUAUGGUUGGAUGAAUUGUGAAGGUACAAAUAUUUUGCUAUCAAGGCAGCAUUUUCAGAUGAAUGUUUUUUGUUGUAUUAGACUGAAAUGAGGCUGCAUGGAAUUAUCAAGAGCUUUAAUGGUAUCUAUAUCACUGAAAUAUUACUGUGUGAUGUUUUUAACUUGCUCUUGCUCUGUUGCUUUCAGAAAUCCUGUCAGAAACCAGUGGACAAGUAUAUAGAAUAUGAUCCUGUUAUCAUCUUAAUUAAUGCUAUCUUAUGCAAAGCACAGGCUUAUAGACACAUAUUGUUCAAUACGAAGAUAAAUGUAAGUUCCUGGGGGCUUUCCCUUUUUAUCUUAAUUUAGUGUAAGAUAUGCGGUUCUUGUUAGAAAAUUAUGAGAGGCAUAAUGAAAAUAUUUGGUGUGAAACUGGUCUUUCCUUCUUCCUUUCCAUGUAGUACUUAUAUUAACUUCAGCUUGCAUCCUUUUCUGGAAGUUUUGUCUUGUCCUGUUCCCCACGGCAAAAAAUAAUUACAACUCUUGAAAGUCACUCUAAAGCCCAUAUAACAUAUUAACUGAAUGAAUAAUAAUUGAGUUCCUUGGGUAGCACAGUGUGUAACAGUGCUCUGGAAGAUGUUCUGUUAUUCAGAAGUCUGAUUAUGAGCCAAGUAACAUUUAGUUAUUCUUGCAGUCAGUGUAUUUCCAUAUGUAUGUUGCAAGUCCCUGGAUGGGAAAGAUGUGUGCACCAUCACAUCUCUGUGGAGGCAGCGCUCAGUUAGGCUCCUUCAGUCUUUCCUUUUUCCAUUUUGCGUCUUCUAGUAUGAGAGAGCUGACUUCUAUGAUGACUUAUGCAUCUAACACCAAUAAAACUUGCAAAAAACAACAUAGUUUGUAAUGGUAAACAAUAGUGUUAAAUGCCUGAUGUCCAUGGGCCUCUGAAACUAAUGCUAUUUCAUAUUUCAGAUUCAUGGGAAGCUUUGCAUAUUCUGUUUGCUUUGUGAGGCUUAUAUCAGAUGGUUGCAGUUACAGGAUUCAAGCCAAAGCACUGAACCUGAUGAUUUAAUUAGAUAUGCCAAGGAAUGGGAUUUUUAUCGAAUGUUUGGGAUAGCGUCUCUGGGUAAGAUCCAGUAUAAUUUGUCAUUGCUCCAAAUAUUCUUUCUAGGUUCUUUUUAUCUAAACAUUUUAAACUGGUUUGAAUGCAUUGUAAUUAUUAGAGUACAAUGGAUGUGUUGUAUUGUUAGUUUAUUUUUCCAUAAUGUCUCACUUGACUUCACAUAAUCUGCUUGGAGGAUGCUCAACAAUCAAGAAUUGACAGUAUUCCACCAAUCUGAAUGGUGUAUGAAAAAGUAUUGCAGGGCACUUGUGAGUGCAAAUAUUUUACAACAGAGAAUGUUGGGGUUGGGUCUGGGAGACAGAGCCCAAAUCUCUUUUCAGCCAAAAGCCCCUUGAUUAGCCUUGUGAAAAUCACUUGUUUCUCAGACUCUUUUCAAAUUGGAACAAUAACGACCUGCAUUGAGGAGGUCAGGUCUCAGGCUUCCAGUUCUACUGUUUUCCCACUAAAAUCCCAGGAGCCACCAUUUGAAGCCAGUUGCAAAAUUGUGAUGGGGAGCAGAACUAGGUGGUGGUUCAGUAGUGGGUUGACAUGCACUGGGAUGACUGGUGGUGUCUAACAGGGUUCAAGGCUGUGCCUUAUGCUCUUUAAUAUCCACCUUAAAACUCAUAGGAGAGGUUACCCAGAAAUUUGAAGUUGGUUGUCACUAGUGUGUGAAUGGUAUGCAGCUCUCUAUCAGCUUAACGUUUCACAGGGAGGGUGUGGAGGCUUUGAACCAUUCCUUGAGGUUACUGAUAAGCUACAUACAUACAGGCAAACAAGCUGAAACUCAGUUUGGACAUGACAGAGGUGCUAUGGAGCUGUGCUCCCUUUGAAAGAUGAGGUUCAAAAUUUGGGAGUGCUCAUGGGCCCAGCUUUGCUCCUGGAUAUUCAGUGACUGUGUGACCAGGAGUAGUUUUGCUCAGCUUUAGCUGGUGUGUCAAUUGUGCCUGUUUCUGGCCAUUUCUGAUUUUAGUCAUGCCUAGCUCCCCAUUUCUAAGCACAGUGCAAAGUGUUGGUUAUCAUAUCUUAAACUUCCACAAAGCAUGAUGCCUAGGGACUGCCUCCUUCCCCAUGACUCUGCUCAUUCUCUGAAGUUGAUGGGGUUUCCCCCUCCCCUCCGCAACUGGUUUUAAUGUAUCUAUGUGGAUUUUUUUGUUCAUUCUCUGAAGUUGAUGGGGUUUCCCCCUCCCCUCCGCAACUGGUUUUAAUGUAUCUAUGUGGAUUUUUUUGUUCAUUUGUUUGUAAGUUGCUUUGAGUUACCUUGGGCAAGGUAAAGUAACUAACAAAUGUCAUACAUACAUGACAAUCCAAUCCAAAAUGUAGUCUUUUCUGCAGAAAACUACUUAAAGGCACCUUGCGAAUUUAUGUAGUAAAAUGUCUGGUAUACCUUCUAAUGACUGUUUAAGAAAUGCCUUUAUCUCUCUCUCUCUCUCUCUCUCUCUCUCUCUCUCUCUCUCUUUCAGAACAAACUGCCUUUUUGAUUGGCAUCUUCACUGCUUUGUGGCUAGCAAGAGCUGUAGUCCUGACAACCAAGGCAGAUUUCACCUUUCUUCUGAAAGCAUUGCUGCUAUCCAGCUAUGGAAAACUUCUGUUGAUUCCAGCUGUUAUUUGGGAACAUGACUAUACUCAUUUAUGCCUCUUGCUCAUUAAAGUGUUCGUCUUGACAUCAAACUUGCAAGCAAUUAGAGGUAUUCCUAAUUUUACUCUUGUAGUAUAGUAAGUUGUAAAGCAAGUCAGGAUUGGGACAUUUGUUCAGCCCAGACAUAGAAGUGCCACCCCAUCUUCAUGGUUUUGACUGCAUGAGGCAGGCAUUCAGCAUUAAGAUGUAAAACAUCAAAGAAGGAAACUUUAUUCAGAGAGUGGAAACUAGAAAGAGAGAUUGGAGUGCCUGACAGCAGACUUGAAUAAAUGUGAAAUCUGUACAGUGUGCAAAAGAUAGCAAAGACUGAAAGCUUAAUCUUUGACUCUAGCAAAGCUGACAUUACAACAAUAGUUGCACAAUAAUCCAAAGGAAUAACAGUUUUUCAUUUUGCCUUGAACAUGUACUAUUAUGUUAGAUUGUUCAUAUGCAUUACAUCCCAUACUUGGGUAAACCAGCCUGUUUGCCCUUGUCUGUUCUAGCAAGUAUAGAGGUGUUCUGUAUCACUGAUGCAGUAUUUCAGGAAAAGUGGGUUCCUUCCCAGUGAUCUAGCUGGUGGCACAAGGACAGUGUUGCUUCUUCACUGCCCCCAAGUAAUGCAGUUCUUGCAUAAACAUCUAAUUGCCACAAAAAAGAACAAGAGGCAGGUGCCAAACCGCAGAGCAUGGUAGGUAGAGUAGUACAGUGGUCUAGUACAGAGUAGUACUGUGCUUUGUGGUCAGUCUGGACUGCCUCUUUCUCAUUUUCCUGGCAAUAAUGGUGUAGGCUGGAUCACUGAGAAGGAACUGGGUUGCAAAAGAUCUCAAAAAAAUGACUAGAUUACUAGAAAGGAAUGCUGGGCCAAAAUUGUGCCAUUUUCCCUUAGUGCGGUUGUGGUCCCUUGGAAGGCAAAAGUGUGGUGGCAGAGGGAGAAAGAGAGAGGGGGGGAGGGGGGGAGGGAGGGAGGGAGGAAGGAAGGAAGGAAGAAAGAAAGAAAGAAAGAAAGAAAGAAAGAAAGAAAGAAAGAAAGAAAGAAAAAGAUUGGAGGGGGGGAUAGAGGGAUAAUGUGAGGGAGGGAGGUUUUGGGUGGUGAUAGUAUUAACAGAUGGGGGGGUGAUAAGUCCUGACCCCCACAGCAUGCAGCCUUGAGAGAUUAGCUCCAAAAGAAUUCAGCCCUUGAUGGAACAAAGGUUGCCCACUCCUGCUUAAAUGAUUAGUUUGCAACUGUGAUAAUGUUUAACACUACCUGUUCCUAGUCCUGCAUAUUUUAUUCACAUAGCCAUCACAUAUUAACUAGAAAUGUGAUUUUGUCCAGACUAACCCAAUUUUUCCUUUCUUUUGCAGUUACCUUGAAUACAAGCCGAAAACUUUGUCUGGUGGCUAUUGUGAGUGGAUUAAUUUUUGAAAAUGCUAUCAUCAGCUUGUUCCAGAGGAUAGGAUGGAAUGUUUGAAGCAAUCUUGAUUUAGUUUGUUUUAGGUGGAAUUACUUGAAGAUAUAAAGGAAAUGAUGUUUUUUGAGUCAUUUAUUUUGCCACUGUUUACUACCUGUUUGUUAUAAAUGCAGUGGUAAAGAGACAAUGAACAUAAAGAAAACGUUCCAUGCUGAAGAGGAGAUAGUAAUAUGAAGAGUGCAAUGACGCACUGAUGGAAUGUAGUUAGUUCUAUAACGUACUUCAGUAUUUUUAUUUGUCAAAAAUGUAUUGGACUGGUGGUACUGCUGUCCUAGAUAUUUAUGGAUCCAGUUGUGGUCCAUUUUUUCUACUACACUAUUUAGUGUUUUGUAUUUUAAAAAAGCCUGAUUAGUAUAGUAGUUUCAUUAUGAGGGGGGGAAAGCAUAUGUGGAAGUGGAGACAAAAUGAUAUCCUAUGACACCUAGUCUGACCACCUUCUGAAAGCUAUUACAUCAGAAUGAACAGCAAACCAAUGCUUAUGACAUGGCAUACAGAUUGCAGUAAAGUUAAGGCUGAAAUCCUCUACUUACCUAUGAGUAAGUCCCAUUAAAUUUGGUGGGGCUAACUUCUGAGUAGACAAGUAUAAGCCUGGAGCACUUGCUUCCUUUGCAAGGGCAUUACUUUGAUAUUGCUGGCAGCUGCGCUACUUAUUUGAGGGAUAACUACAUUUUAAAUUUGAUGUUGAUACAUCCUCAAAUAAUAAAGAUGCUUUGUGGGCUUCAUUUCUAAAUCUCUUAAUGUUGAUGUUUAUGUAAGAGGCAUAUUUAAAGUUCUUUUUGAAAAGAUUUAAGCGGCGAUCCUAUACCCACUUACCUGAGAGUAAUGUGAUGGAACUUAAUUCUGAGUAAGUGCAUAAAAAAUUGUACUGUUCUUAUGCUUCCCUGAAAAUGAACUUGACAGCCUUAUAAUAAUAAUAAUUUAUUAUUUGUACCCCGCCCAUCUGGCUGGGUUUCCCCAGCCACUCUGGGCGGCUUCCAUAGAAACAAAAAAUACAGUAAAAUAUCACAGAUUAAAAGCUUCCCUAAACAGGGCUGCCUUAAGAUGCCUUCUAAAUGUCAGGUAGUUAUUUAUCGCUUUGACAUCUGAUGGGAGGGCGUUCCACAGGGCAGGCGCCACUACCGAGAAGGCCCUCUGCCUGGUUCCCUGUAGCUUUGCUUCUCGCAAUGAGGGAACCGCCAGAAGGCCCUCGGCGCUGGACCUCAGCGUCCGGGCAGAAGGAUGGGGGUGGAGACGGUCCUUCGGGUAUACAGAACAGAGGCCGUUUAGGGCUUUCAAGGUCAGCACUAACACUUUGGAUUGUGCUCGGAAACGUACUGGGAGCCAAUGUAGGUCUUUCAAGACCGGUGUUAUGUGGUCUCGGUGAGUCACCAGUCUAGCUGCCGCAUUCUGGAUUAAUUGUAGUUUCCGGGUCACCUUCAAAGGUAGCCCCACGUAGAGCGCAUUGCAGUAGUCCAAGCGGGAGAUAACUAGAGCAUGCACCACUCUGGCGAGACAGUCCGCGGGCAGGUAGGGUCUCAGCCUGCGUACCAGGUGGAGUUGGUAGACAGCUGCCCUGGAUACAGAAUUGACCUGCGCCUCCAUGGACAGCUGUGAGUCCAAAAUGACUCCCAGGCUGCGCACCUGGUCCUUCAGGGGCACAGUUACCCUAUUCAGGACCAGGAAGUCCUCCACACCAGCCCGCCCCUGUCCCCAAAAACAAUACUUCUGUCUUGUCAGGAUUCAACUUCAAUCCAUUAGCCGCCAUCCAUCCUCCAACCGCCUCCAGGCACUCACACAGGACCUUCACCGCCUUCACUGGUUCUGAUUUGAAAGAGAGGUAGAGCUGGGUAUCAUCUGCAUAUUGAUGGACACCCAGUCCAAAUCCCCUGAUGAUCUCUCCCAGCGGCUUCAUAUAGAUGUUAAAAAGCAUGGGGAGAGGACGGAACCCUGAGGCACCCACAAGUGAGGGCCCAGGGGUCCGAACACUCAUCCCCACCACCACUUUCUGAACACGGCCCAGGAGGAAGGAGCGAAACCACUGUAUAACAGUGCCCCCAGCUCCCAGCCCCUCUAGACGGUCCAGAAGGAUGUUAUGGUCGAUUGUAUCAAAGGCCGCUGAGAGAUCCAGCAGAACCAGGAAACAACUCAGCCUUAUUACAUGUUUACUCAAAAGUAAGUUCUACCUGGGUACAUAUGAGUGACGCCUAUGUAUGAUUUAAGUGUACAGUAAAACUUCAUUCUGUGGACGAUAGCAUAUUUAAUUAGGGCAAUAGUAACAGGAGGUAGCUGGAAUAGAUAAUUGUCUCCCAAAAUUAAUUGUAAUUAACUGCCACAUUGGGAAACAAUAGCUUGUACUUGGAAAGUUAUAUGCUAUUAAUUUUUUUUUUUACCCCAAACCAAGUUGAUUAGGUAGGAUGAUUUCUGGAGCUCCCCACCCAAUAUCUUGGCAGUUCUGUUCCAUGGAAUUGUGUUCAUAGAAGCUGAGGCAUCUGUUUUAUUUAUACUUAAUUAUAAGGUUCAAACAUGAAGGUGGUCUAGGUGAAUUUUGGUGUUCAAUGAGAAGCCCUCUGAUAUAUUUGAUAAACUUUGCAGUGAACUCGAUGACUCAGAACUAGAGGUAUUAGGAAUCUGUGUUGAUGUUUAAUAUCCUUACUUACCCUUGUUUUGUUGGGUAACAUUUCUGUACUGCCUUUCAUUUCAAAGAAUAUUUUAUUUUGAGAAUUUAUAUGUCACUUGUCAUUUCUAUGAUGAACUAUCAAGUAGUUACAUAUGAAAUGUAAUAUAAUAAAAUUCAGUUAUU